UGAAGAAAAGUCUGAAAGUGAAAUUCUAAGUGAAUUGUUGGCUACCGCCGCAGCUAUGAAAACUCCUAAAAAAAAAAAGAAAAUUAUUAAAAAAAGCGGGAAAGAAAGUAAGGAAUUACAAAUCAGAUAUGAGAGUCGCUUUAUCGAUGUAGGCUCACUAUUAUUUGGAGGUAUUUUUGGUUUAGGUGAAAAGCUACAGCAUAGAGUUAUAAUGGCUCGUUCUACAGUACAAUGUUUAUUAGUUCCACGCUAUUGGCUAUUCGAACCAAAUCAAAAUCCUGGUAAUAUUUGGCAAAGACGACGUUUUUAUCUAAAUACUAGCAUUCCAUCAAGAGAAAAUUUGUUUAUUGACUUCUUAAGAGAAAAGGAGUGGCGAAAGUUUAAAAAUGAAGUCGUCAGUAGAGUUCUGGAAGAUGCUGUGUCUGGUAAUACAACCAAGGUACAAGAUAUUCCAAUUAUUUGUCGCAUCAUCGAAGAUAGCGGAGAUGAUUAAAUUCUGUUAUAAGUAAAACCACUUAUAUAUUUUUUUCAAAUUUUUUGUUUAGAAAUAAAUACUAAAACCACAA